AUGCGGCUCACGACCCUGUACCAGCACGUGCACGACGCGCUGCACCCUCGCCCCGCCGCAGCGGGCACUGCUGCGCGCCCGCCGGCCCAGGUGCAGUACCUGCGCACCGAGCACGAGGCCGUCCUCGGUUGGGUCACGCCCCAGUUCGAGCUGUACCUCGCGACGGCGCCGCUGCUGCCUCACUCGGCCGUCGUGAGCGCGGCGAGGGCCGUCAGCCGGUGGGUCAAGCGCGAGGAGCGCGCGCUGUUCCUGCACGGGGCGGGGACGUUUUGA